UCCGCGAGUCCGCGCGCAGUGGCGCUCAGACCCGCACGGCGACCGAACGCCAUGCCGAUGCCGCGCUAACCUGUGCUAGUGACAAGCUGUCAAGUGUCAACAUGUGGCUCUAUGGAACGUGUGUCCUCGCCAGCGUCCUGCUGGUGACCGUGCGCUCGCAGAGCACCGAAGGGAGCAGCGAGUUCGCCCCCGUAGUGACAGCUACCUGCAAGACGGGCGUGAUGUCCGUCAAGAUCAACUUCAACCAGCCCUUCUACGGAGUUGCUCAUGCGAGAGAGUUCAGAACCCCAGCAUGCAUGGCACAAGGCAACGGUUCCGAGUCCAUGAGCUUCGACGUCAGCCUGAUGGCGGCACAGGGCUCGCCGGACUAUUGCGGAGUGUUCUGGAACAACCGCACGGACGAGCGCUCGCUGCCGUUCGCGGUGCGCGUGCACCGCACCCUGGAGCUGGCUGACGACAAAUUCUACGUCAUCACGUGCGGGAAGGCGGGCUUCAGGAACGCUAGAAACGAAACCUCACUCGUGUCCCUACGAAUGUUGAACGAAAAUGGCAAAAAGAUUAUGAACGCCGCGUUCAAUCUGCCCUACACGCUGCGAGCGGAGAUGAGCAAGCCUGACGGUGCUCAUGGCAUCAAGAUGAAGAGUUGUUUUGCAUUUAACAUGAAGAACAACACAGUGGACUUGCUGGAUAAGCGAGGGUGUCCGAUAAAGCAGCAGUCAGUAGUGGUGCGGUCGGAGAGCGGCGCGGCCGAGCUCUUCAUACCCGCCAUGUUCCGCUUCCCCGACUCCUCGCAGAUCAACUUCCAGUGCGACAUCUCAAUCUGCAAAGGAAGUUGCCCAGUGCAGGACUGCACCGCGGACGACGGAGUUGGCGUAGUGGGUGAAGAGGAGACCACGGUCACUGCCUCCACGGGAGUCUUCGUCUUAGAUCCCAAUGAUAGUGCAGUGGCAGCCCUGAGCUGCUCCGAUGGCAGCAUCCACCCGCCGUGGCUGCUGUACCUGGCCAUCGCGCUCGGAGUCAUGUUCCUCGUGAUGCUGCUCAUCAACUGCUUCCUCUGCACCGCCAUGACGUGCUCCUGCGCCAGGACUGACGUGAUCGAGAAGGACCCGUCAGUGGUGGAGGACUACGACCCGUACCGCAGCUGGCACGGCAGCCAGUACGGCAGCAGGUACCCCUCGUCCACCAUACACUCCGCGAGGUCUGUCUCGGAUAACAGCGACCACUACGCGAUAGUGCAAUCCCGGCCCGGCAGCCGGCACUCCGGCAUGCACCGGAAUAGGCAUUAAAA